CGGUAUCAUGAGCGGCUCCCAGGUUGGGCGCCGGGAAAACUCCUCCACGUUCUGCCCUCUCCUGCUUCUGGCUCCGCCCCAGCUCCGGACCAGGCUUCCCUCUCGCCCUACCGGUCCUGGCCGCCCCCUUCCCGCUGCCUCUAGAAUGAACGCGGGAGGGACAUCUCGGUGCCUGCCCUGGGCCCCAAACUGGGCUGCGAACGUCUAGAGUCCCUCUGGGGUGGAAUGUGGGCACCCACCUUGGGUCUCUCUCCUCAGCUCCCUGAGCACGGGCAGGAAUUGUCUCCCACCCUAGCCGCUCAGCCUGUGGGAGGCCCUGGGCGCAGCACACUCCAUGUCCCCACGUUGUGGCAAGACUGGCACCCCGCGGGAACCUUGAGCUUGGACAUACCCUUGCGCUUAGCCAAUUGGAGGACUGGGCGCAGCAGCCAAGUGGAGGCCAGACGGCGCAACUACAAGGACCGGAACACCGCGACGUUACCCCCCGAGACACAGCCCCGGCUCCGGGAGGAAGUCCCCUUCACCGUGGGGAGCAGGACGGACGCGCCCUGGGCGCACGCCCAGCAGGCCUCCUCCCCAGCCCUCGCGACUGUCCGCAGGGCGUGAGGAGGAGCUUGCUGGAGACUUCGAAGCUGUCCAGAGCCAGUGAGCCGGAGCAAGGAGUCUCCUGCCUGGGCUGGGAAGGGGCAGUGGUGCUGGCGUGUCGGAGCUGGGAACCCAGCAAGCGCCUGACCUUCCUCCUCCUCUUCCUCACCCGCUUCGCAACUUCGGCUCCGGGGGAAGGUUCUAGCGGCCGCAGGAGGCCCCAACCCCGUUUCCUAGAAGGCUGGUGAUGGAUCUCCUGCUUGUGUCCCCACCGGGGCACUUGGAGUGCCCUAGUGGUGCGUGAGCCCAGCGCUGCCCUCCACCGCCCUCGGUGAGCCUCGGGCCGGCCCCGCCUGGCAGCCCCGCCUAAGCCCCCUUCCUUUCCGCGCCCGGCUUUCUGACAGCGGAAGAGGGUGGCCCUCGGGCAUAGCCCCAUUGCGAUGUCUGCGCAAAGCCUGCUCCACAGUGUCUUCUCCUGCUCCUCCCCGGCCUCGGGCAGCACGGCCUCAGCCAAGGGCUUCUCCAAGAGGAAGCUACGCCAGACCCGCAGCCUGGACCCAGCCCUGAUCGGCAGCGGCGGAGGCGAGGCGGGCGCGGAGGGAGUUUCGCGAGGGGCCACGGGGAGCCACCUCUGCUCCCCACUGCCCCCGGCCGAGGGUCUCGACUCCCGCUCGGCGUCUUCUCCCCGGGGCCAGCACCCCCGGGCCAACCGACUCCCGCCGCCUAGAUCCCUCUGCUCAUCGUUGUCCACGCCCAGCACUCCGCAGGAGAAGUCACCGUCUGGCAACCUCCACUUUGACUAUGAGGUCCCCCCGGGUCGCAGUGGCCUCAAGAAGAGCAUGGCCUGGGACCUGCCUUCGGUCCUGGCAGGGCCGAGCAGUGGCCGCAGCGCCAUCCUCUGUUCCUCCGGGGGAGGCUCCAAUGGCAUCUUCGCUUCUCCCAGGAGGUGGCUCCAGCAGAGAAAGUUCCAGUCCCCACCCAACAGCCACGGCCACCCGUAUGUCGUGUGGAAAUCCGAGGGUGAUUUCACCUGGAACAGCAUGUCGGGCCGCAGCGUGCGGCUGAGGUCAGUCCCCAUCCAGAGCCUCUCAGAGCUGGAGCGAGCCCGGCUGCAGGAAGUGGCUUUUUAUCAGUUGCAGCAGGACUGUGACCUGAGCUGUCAGAUCACCAUUCCCAAAGAUGGACAAAAGAGAAAGAAGUCUUUGAGAAAGAAACUGGAUUCACUAGGGAAGGAGAAAAACAGAGACAGAGAAUUCAUCCCACAGGCAUUUGGAAUGCCCUUGUCCCAGGUCAUCGCGAAUGACCGGGCCUAUAAACUCAAGCAAGACUCGCAGAGGGAUGAGCAGAAGGACGCAUCGGAUUUUGUGGCUUCCCUCCUCCCAUUUGGAAAUAAAAGACAAAACAAAGAACUGUCAAGCAGUAACUCAUCUCUCAGCUCCACCUCAGAAACACCAAACGAGUCCACAUCCCCAAACACACCAGAGCCGGCUCCUCGGGUCAGGAGGAGGGGUGCAAUGUCAGUGGAUUCUAUCACAGAUCUUGAUGAUAAUCAGUCUCGACUGCUCGAAGCUUUACAACUCUCCUUGCCUGCCGAGGCUCAAAAUAAAAAAGAAAAAGCCAGAGAUAAGAAACUCAGUCUGAAUCCUAUUUACAGACAGGUCCCCAGGCUGGUGGACAGCUGCUGUCAACAUCUAGAAAAACAUGGUCUCCAGACAGUGGGGAUAUUCCGAGUUGGAAGCUCAAAAAAGAGGGUGAGACAAUUACGCGAGGAAUUUGACCGUGGUGUUGAUGUCUCUCUGGAGGAAGAGCACAGCGUUCAUGAUGUGGCUGCCUUGUUGAAGGAGUUCCUGAGGGAUAUGCCGGACCCCCUUCUCACCAGGGAGCUGUACACAGCUUUCAUCAAUACUCUCUUGUUGCAGCCAGAGGAACAGCUGGGCACCUUGCAGCUUCUCAUCUACCUUCUACCUCCCUGCAACUGUGACACGCUCCAUCGCCUCCUCCAGUUCCUGUCCAUUGUGGCCAGGCACGCCAAUGACAACGUCAGCAAAGACGGGCAAGAGGUCACUGGGAACAAAAUGACAUCUCUAAACUUGGCCACCAUAUUUGGACCCAACCUGCUGCACAAGCAGAAGUUAUCAGACAAGGAAUUCUCGGUCCAGAGCUCAGCCCGUGCUGAGGAGAGCACAGCCAUCAUUGCUGUGGUGCAGAAAAUGAUUGAAAAUUAUGAAGCCCUGUUCAUGGUUUCCCCGGAUCUCCAGAAUGAAGUGCUUGUAAGCCUGCUGGAGACCGACCCUGACGUUGUGGACUACUUACUCAGAAGAAAGGCCUCCCAAUCCUCAAGCCCUGACAUGCUGCGGUCGGAAGUUUCCUUUUCGGUGGGAGGAAGGCACUCUUCUACAGACUCCAACAAGGCCUCCAGCGGAGACCUCUCCCCUUAUGACAAUAACUCCCCAGUGCUAUCUGAGCGCUCCCUGCUGGCUAUGCAAGAGGACGCGGCCCGGGGGGGCUCGGAGAAGCUUUACAAAGGGACAGAGCAGUAUAUGCUGGUGAGCCACUUGCCAUCGUUGAAGUCAAGAGAGAGUUCCACUGGACCAAGACUUGGAAAAGAUAUGUCAGAGGAACCUUUCAAUAUCUGGGGAACUUGGCAUUCAACAUUAAAAAGUGGAUCCAAAGACCCAGGAAUGACAGGUUCCUAUGGAGACAUUUUUGAAAGCAGCUCCCUACGACCGGGGCCAUGCUCCCUUUCUCAAGGGAACCUGUCCCCAAACUGGCCUCGGUGGCAAGGGAGCCCCACAGAACUGGACAGUGGUACACAGGUCAUUCGGAGGACUCAGACCACGGCCACCAUCGCGGAGUGCAGGGCCCAUCCUCCUGUGUCCCGCGUCUGCAGCACGUCCCACAUCCAGGGCGGCAGCAGAUCGGAGCUGGCCACACCAAGGUCAGAGCCGUAUUUGACUCUGAGCAGUGCCGAAGACCUCACCAAGAGUGAGCUGGAUAUGGCCUGGCUGCAGAGCCGAGCCAAGCCUUGGCACCAGAGACCUGGGGAGAGUGCGAGGCACGACACGAGGCCUCCUCCUCCAUAUCCUGGUCCAGGGAAGCAAGCUUUAGCAUCAGCUCACCAGCCCACAGAGCCACCGUUGUGGAGGCGUCAGAGGCCAGAAGAAGGCUCAGGAUCAUCAGCUUUGGAAGAGGGAGGCCAAACAGCUGAGCAAGAGCAUCAGGCCACCCAGCCCAAACUGAGCAGUGCCUGCUCCAGUCCCGCCAGCGAUCAGAACAGUAAGGCCUUGGGUGAAACCAACUGGCUCGAUUGGCAGAGAGAGCGGUGGCAAAUCUGGGAGCUCUUGUCCACUGACAACCCCGAUGCCCUCCCAGAAACACUGGUAUGAGCCCACGCCCAGCUUGAGCCUCACGUUCCAAACAGCCUUCUUUCACUCAGUAGGGGAAAAAAUUGGUAUUAGGCAAUUGGACAGUUACUUCUUUUCCUUCUUUUACACUUCUAAAAAAUAACACAAGAGAAGCCCAGUUCACCUAAAGAUAAUAGAGCACUAGUAUCCUUGCCAUUAAUAAGAUUCUAUUGCAUAGCCAGCCUUAGGAAUAUACAAAAUAAGUAUAAACAGAUGACAAUAUCCAAUCUAAAAACUACUCACGUUGGCUCUGUAUAAGAUAAAAUUCUUGCUUUGGUGUAGUUUAAUUGUAUUUAUGUGUCUUCAGUUUUGAGUAUUGUAUAUUCUGUAACAGAUUAUGUAUAAUAAUCGUAUAUGAUAUAUUCACAGAAAACGAACAAUAUUUUAAAUCACUUCACUUAUACUAAGUAAUGAGAUUCUAUAGAAUGUUCUAGAAUAUGCACAAGCGGGUUUCUGUGCUUUUGCCAUAGUUUUUUUAAAGGGGUACAGCCCUUCAAUGCCUAAGAAAAACACUAAACAGAAUAUGAGAAGCCGUAUUUUUAUAUAGUAAUGAGAUACAGAAAAAAAAUAGACACUGAGUGCUUUUUCAUAUUGAAUGUUUUAGGAUGAUAUUAAAUUUGAUACAUUAUGGAAUAUAUUUUUAGAAUCUGUUUAGAAAGGAUUCAGUUAAUCAAACAAGAGAAAGGCCGCGCCUAACAAAAGAAGAAGAAUUAAGAAGUUGUCCUUCCCAUUUUAGGUCAAAUUCAAUUUUAUAUAGACCAUAUAUAAUAUAUAUUUAUGAUGUGUAAUUGUUAUGUAUUUUUCAAAACUACAAACUGGAAUCCAACUAUAAAGUGAUUGAGAAUCUAAAUAGACUAUUCAAAUUAGAGAACAUGGUUUUUCCUUUUGUCCCAUAAUCAGUAUUAACCAAAUUAUAUGCAAUGCUUUGUAAAGUAAAUCAUAUCUGGGGAAAAAAGCUACAGCUUUGUAUUUACAUUGUGCCAAAGGCUGAGGAAAUGUUUUCUUCGGUAAUUUUGUGUGUAUUGUAAAAUGCUCCUACCUUACUUCAGUAAAUUUGUAGUUUUUCAAAUGCAAAACCAUUUUUGACCAGCAGGUGGCGAUUCGUUUCAGUAUUUUAUGAGAUUUUUUUUCACUUCAUAAGGGAAUGUGUAUUAUAGAAAAAUCAUUUUUUUUUAUAAAACAUGCUACUCUUAUUUUUCAUGUUGGCAAUUUUCAGUAGUGUUUCUUAAAAUUCUAUCUUGUGCCAUGAUGAAUAAAAAGUUAAGCAAAGGCUUUGUCCCUUGGCUUCAAAUCCAAUGAAUGAACUCGUUGACAUACCCCCAUUCCAGGUAUACCCCCCACCAGCCACAAGUCCAAGUGUAAUAAAUAAUGGCAAUACUAUACAUACACAGCUGAGGAGCUAGUAAAAAAUAUCAGAUGGCUUGGGGACAUAAACCCAGUGACACUGAUACAUUUAGAAAUUUAUAAUUAUUUGUUGGCUGAUUGUCACUCAAGUAAAACUCAAUUGUCAAUGAGGAAGUGGUUUGCUACAGGACGGGAAUUCAUGUUUCCUACCUGCUGGACAGGAUUGCCCAACACAACCCCUGUAACUUAAAUCUGUCCUAUAGGCCUUAGAUGCUUCAUUUGCUUCAGGGCCGAAAUAAUGAAGCCUAGAAGUGGUAUCUAAUAUUCUUAUUGCGGGGAUGUUUGAGAAAGCUUCAGUCUCUGCCAUUGGGCCCAGAACUUCCGCGGCUGGCUGGGACUCAGGAAGAAUUUGCCUGCCGGCUUCUGGUUCUUCCUGGCUGCCUAUAGGCAGCCAAAAGUUGUAAACAAGACCCAGAACAAGCACUGAUUGAUUGUGAAUCACAGGUUGCUCCUCUGUGCUACCUACUCUGGUCCUACUCCUGCUGACCCUGUGUUUUCCUGGCUUUGAAUUUGACCAUGAUCUGGCCAAUUAUUUCCCGCCAUUCUGGACUGGUCUGCCUGAUGUGUGGGACGCCCUUCCUGCCAGGUUCUUGCACUAAGAGUCCUAUUUUUAAAAACUUCCAACCCUGAGGUUGAUGUAUAUGUCACAAAAGGUAACAAAAGGUAUGUCCAUCUGUUAAAAGAUCUAGAACAGCCAAUCCAGAAAACAGGGCUCGGACUAUGUUUUAAAUAAUUAAAUUGUGUGUGUGUGCCUUCAUGUGUAUGUAUGUAAUGGAUAAUAUUUACUUUCCCUUUCUCUUUGUAUGGUUGUACCCCAGUGGCCAUAUCUUUAGCUGAGUGAGUGAAAGCUGGUUUCUCAGAUGCCUUUAUCACAUUGAAAAUAAACUAUUUUAAAACAUG